AUGGCAACUGAGAGCCCUGUGAGAAUGGUGGAGGGAUGUGGAGCUAGAAAGUGGUCAUCGUCAAAGGAUGCUGCUAUUUAUGGAUCGCCUUUAAAGUCUUUGGCUGCAGAAGAAUUGGGAUUGCUUCUCAAAGGGCAUAGGAUCCAUGGUGAUCAAACUGAAAGUGUUCCCAGUCGAAGUGGCAGUGCACCACCAAGUAUGGAAGGGUCAUUUGCAGCUAUAGGGAAUCUCUUAGCUCAACAGAACCUGAGCAUGACCUCUAGCUUGGAAAGUUUACACAAUGCUAUUGAGAAUUGCGAGUCUGAAGAACAACUGCGCUCUGAUCCUGCUUACUUUGCUUACUAUUGUUCUAAUGUCAACUUGAAUCCAAGACUUCCGCCGCCACUGUUAUCUCGAGAAAACCGGCGUUUGGUGCGCCAUAUUGGUGGUUUGGGCAGCAACUGGAGAGGUGCUUCUGUAGAUGACAGUGGCGAUGUCUCCUUACACUUAUCUGGAGGCUCCCUAUCGACUCAUAAGGAGGAGCCUGAAGAUGAAAGGUCACUCAGGGAAGCAUCUGAAAAUUCCUUGGACAAUGGCACUCUGCUUGUCUCGGAGCACAGUGCAUCUUUUGCAGCUGGUCGUCAUAAAAGUUUGGUUGAUCUGAUACAGGAAGACUUUCCUCGGACACCGUCCCCUGUGUAUAGUCAUACUCGAUCCCCAGGUCAUGGAACUGAUGAAGCUGUUGAACACGACGUAGAUGCAAAUACAGCGAAUGUCUCUUCUAUUAGUUUGUCGGAUGUACCCGAAAAAGAUGGCGGUUCUGAUGGAGCUUCUGAUGCAUAUGAAGUUGACCUUCAUGCCCUCAGUUUAUCAUCAGGCAAUGACACCCCAACAUCCUCUUUGCAAAGAAAUCCACCCAAGAAAAGGGAUGAAUUUGCGACAAAGGAAGUGAACCAGGUAGGUGAUUCGCCAAAUAUAGGUUCCAUCCAGUCUGGUGUUGUCAAAGUGGAAGCUAGGAUGAGAAACAGACAAGAAGAUCAUCAAUCUUAUGGUAGGAAUGCGUCUCAGCAGCAUCCAUCUGUUCACCGUGCCAUUCCUCACCAGGCUCAUGGGUUCCAAGCUCUCAUGGUUUCACAAGCUAUAAACCAUUCCCACAGUCCUGUCGAUAACUUAUCGCAUGGCCACCCUAAUUUCCCAUCUAUAGGCUUACAAUCAUCAGUCAACUCCUCUGUACUCAAUCCUCCUUUAUAUGCAAAUGCUGAUGCUUACAUGACUGCUGGGAAUCCUUUCUAUCCAAACUUCCAACCAUCUGGCUUGUACUCUCCGCAUUAUGGUAUGGGAGGGUAUGCACUGGGAUCAGCAUUCGUUCCCCCAUUUAUGACCAACUAUCCUUCUCAUGGUCCAAUUCCUAUUCCAUUCGGUGCUGCUUCAGCCCCAGGGACUGAUGGUAGGACUGUUGCACCCUUAGCUGGGGAAAGCAUUACACAUAUUGGUGGAUCGCAUCAUCCGGGGAAGUUUUAUGAACCUCAUGGAUUAAUGCUUCAACCACCCCUUGUAGAUCCACUUCAUAUGCAAUAUUUUCAACAUCAGUUUGGAGAUCCAUAUGGUGCUACUGUUCAGCAUGACCACCUGGCAUCAAGUGGAACUAGUGCUGCUCAACUUGAUACAUUUACUCCAAGGAAAGAUCAGUCUAUUCCUACAUAUUUUGGCGACAGAAAACUCCAGGCUCCAACUUAUGGAAAUCCAAGCAUUCCAAGCCCUGGAAAAGUAGGACUAAAUAAUAAUAGCUACUAUGGGGGGCCUGUAGGUACGGGUGUAAUGACCCAAUUUCCUGCCUCGCCUCUUCCCAGUCCUGUUCUAUCUCCUUCAGUAGCAACAGUGAAUCAUUUUGGUCGACGGACCGACACAAGAUAUCCCCAGGCCUCUGGCAGAAAUUCAGGACUCUACUCUGGGGGCCAAGGCCAGAGGGGGAUUAAUAGUUUUGAUGACCAGAAAAGGCAUUACUUCCUUGAAGAGCUUAAAUCUAGCAAUGCACGCAAAUUUGAACUCUCCGAUAUAGCAGGCCAUAUUGUUGAAUUCAGUGUUGAUCAACAUGGUAGCCGAUUUAUCCAGCAAAAGCUAGAACAUUGCGGCGCUGAGGAAAAAAGUUCCGUCUUUAAGGAAGUGGUGCCUCAUGCUUCAAAAUUAAUGACUGAUGUCUUUGGGAACUAUGUCAUACAAAAGUUUUUCGAGCAUGGAAGUUCCGAACAGAGAAAAGAGCUUGCAGAUAAGCUUGCUGGACAGGUGUUGCAGUUGAGUCUUCAGAUGUAUGGUUGCCGUGUGAUACAGAAGGCCCUUGAGGUGAUCGAGUUUGACCAGAAAACCGAACUCGUGCAAGAGCUUGAUGGUCAUGUGAUGAGAUGCGUACGUGAUCAGAACGGGAAUCAUGUCAUCCAGAAGUGCAUAGAAUGUCUUCCGUCGGAAAGUAUUGAGUUCAUUAUUUCUGCUUUUAGAGGCCAAGUUGCCACACUGUCCACCCAUCCUUACGGAUGUCGUGUCAUCCAGAGAGUUUUGGAACAUUGUUCAGAAGGACAGCAAAGUCAAUGUAUUGUGGACGAAAUUUUGGAAUCUGCUUUCCAUCUUGCUCAAGACCAAUAUGGCAACUAUGUAACCCAGCAUGUUCUGGAGAGGGGGGAGGCGCGUGAAAGGAGUGAAAUUAUCAGCAAGUUGACUGGGAAGGUGAUCCAGAUGAGUCAACAUAAAUACGCAUCAAAUGUUGUGGAGAAGUGUCUCGAACACGGUGAUGUUGCUGAACGUGACCUCUUGAUAGAGGAGAUUAUAAGGAAACCUGAAGAUAGUGACAGCUUGCUGACAAUGAUGAAGGAUCAAUUUGCAAAUUAUGUUAUCCAGAAGAUUCUUGAGAUUGGCAGCGAUCGGCAGAAGGAAGUACUGCUCAAUCACAUUAGCCUCCAUAUUAAUGCUCUGAAGAAAUACACGUACGGGAAGCACAUAGUUGCUCGGUAUGAGCAGCUCUGUGGCGAAGGUUCGUCUAUGCGUAUUUCUUACUCUCAUUUUUCCAGUUAUCGUCCAUUUGGUUUGUUGCAAUAA